AUGCGUCCUGCCUCCACCGUCGCUCAGCAGCGGUGUACGCCAGCAUUUUCCCCAGUGAGCGGCCCAUCGUUACCAGCUGCUACCGCCCCUGCUGUAUCCUUUGCAAAUACAACAACCUCAACGCCGCCUAUUCGUGGCAUUCCCAUUUUCACAAAGCUGCAUCGUUCUUCUGACUGGGCGUCUGCCUCACCGCUUUCAUCCGCGUCGCCGCUGCGCCUGUCUUGGGAAGAGUACGGCCGCCUGCAGCUGCAGGACGAAGCGGUGUGGUGGUAUCACCGCUGCAGCGCUCUGGAGCAGCAGCUGAGCAAAGUACAAGACGCCUUCAAUCGACAGUCGAGGCUACUGACUGCACAGUGGCGGGAUGACGGCGGUAACGCUGCGUGUGCGAAGUCGAGCGCUGAUGGCACGUGUGGGUCUUCAGUCGAGGCAGCUGCGGCGGAAGCCACUGCAAGAUCACCCAGCAGGCCAGGCGCCACACUCACAAGUCGGUCACCCGCCACCCUUCACCGUACGUACGCGUACCCUGAGACUGAGGAGGAGUACUACACAGGCCAGACAACGAAGCGCGAUCAGCGAGUUGGCUCAGAGGACUCUCAGCACUGCCCGUCAGAGGGCAGGAAACGAGUGCGCGUGGAUAGCAAGGCGCCACCUCGCGGGCCGACGCUGAACCAGCUGGCGGAGGGUGAGAUGCAGUAUCGAAUUCCCAAGGCGUAUCCUGUCACCGCGGAGGACGAGGAUCCUGCUCAGGAUCGCGCCAAGCACUGCGUUAGCUCGCAGGUGCGCCGCGGUCCCACGGAGGCAGGCGUCACUGCAGCCUCGUCAUCACCGUCAUUGUUGCGCAUUUCCGUGGGUCUGCAAACCGACGACUUGGCGCCUGUCAACGCAUCGUUCGCUCAUGAGACUCGUGAGAGCCCUGCGGCAGGUCUCCUUUCAGCCUUUACUGAGGCCACAAGAGAGGACUCUUCGUGUCUCCCAUCUACGCCGGGGCCAUCGGCGAUAAUGUCGAGACAGUGUAUUGCGGCGAUGGAAGAGGUGGAGAUGCUGCGCGUACGCGUGGACACGGCGGAGCGAAGGUCCAAGGAGCUGCAGGAGCUCUGUGCUGCCCAGGAGCUCCGCUGCGACGACUUGGAGACGCAGCUGCUUGGUAAAGAGGAGCAGCUGUUGCGCGUUGAGCAGCGGGAGCCGUGGCCCACGACCACGCCGCGCUCUGGUGAUGGCCCGGGCAUGCAGCUUGAUGCUGCGGCCAAGUCUUUGCUUUCAGUAGAACUCAACCCUUUGAUUGUGCAGGCUCGAGAAUUGCUGAUUCUCGUGCAUCCAGACAGUGACGGCGCAUCACGCGAGCCAGCUCACUUGGCAGCGAAAGAGGUGGGCGCCGCGCAAGCGACAGCCACUGACAACGGCCUCUGCAGUGCUUUUGACGACUUCACUGCACCUUGCUCGACGAGCUCGUCUCCCAGGUUGCCCAGCGCCGAGUCGUCUUCGCAUCUUGAGCGCGGCGUCGCGCACCUCGCCUUGCUCAUCACACAGGUGCGCAGCGCCGUCAUCGACUUCUUGCAACGGUUUGCUGCGCUGCAAGCGGAGCUCGAUGUUGUACGAGCAGACCGCAACGAGCUGAUUGGAGAGCAGAGCGAACAAGUGCGCUUGCUUCAGGAGCAGCUGCUCGAGAAGGACACAGCGCAAUGGAGGUUGCUGGAGGACUUGCACGAGGCUCAGGAGCAACUGACUGUCGCAACGGCACAGGCAAUGUUGGCGCCAGCAGACGGUGCCACGGACAGAAAAGAGUCCACCGCGUUACAGGAUCAGGGGAAUCGAGGAGGGCACAGCGAGGAAGGCGCAGUUGCGAUGGCUUCCAGCAGCACAGCCCAGCUGAGCUCUCCCCCUGUCUGUGACGCGGUGGCAGACGUGGCGCAAAGGCCGUCUCCACAACUGGAGAACUCUGCUGCUUGUCACGCCAACAUCGCAGACACGAGUGCGGCAGAGGUGGCGGCCUUACAAGAGCAGCUGGCGCAAGUGCGAGCCGCCGCUGCAGCCGGGCAGGAGGCGCAGCGCCGCGUCUUAUCGGAGCGGUUGGAGAAGGCGGAGUUGCAGCUGAAGGAGACGCGACUGCGUGCCGAGGACGAGUACGACCGCAUGUCGGGCACCAUAGAGGCACUUACGCGGGAGCUGGCUGACACCAAGGAGGCGUUGCGAGUAAAGGAGGUGUCGUUGCGGAUUGCGUUGCGCGAGUCGUUUUCUCCACCGUUGCUAAUAACUGCCCAAGGUGGCAAGACAAUGAGGAACAGCGUAGUUGCCGGUGCACCUGUCGCGGAAGGGCUGGUACAGGGUGCUGCAUCCUCGACUUUGCCGUUGUCGAUGCAGCCCCUGUACAUGACGUCGCGUGGAUCUGCUGCUUCGUCUUCGUCGCCAAGGCUGGAGCGUGAGGACACACGAACGAGUAUGUCACCAUCGCCGCCCAUUACUCUCCACCUUCAGAACGCAGCCGGCACGGGGGAGCAGGUGAGGGACGUAGCGGACACGGACGAGGACGGCGGUUGGCUUGGGCUCGCAUCGGCGAAGGCGAGAAAAGUACACCCGCGCUUUGAGGAUGACGGCACGUUGCGCACCCUCCCUUCAGCCAUCGUGAUCAGUGAGGAGGGCAGUGAGGAGGUGCUCGGGCGCACCGGCCAGCUUGUGUUUCCGCCUGCAACAGCUCUCACUAGGGCCAUCACGGUGACAGCGACAAAGACGUCAUCUUCGCGAGAAAAGUCAUCCCGAGGCUUGUCAGUGUCCACAGGUGGAGGCAGCCAAGACGCCACUUCGUUGCCUCGCGGGCGCAGUGAUGCCAACGCUGCGAUGCUGGAGCAGGGCAGCACAGCGGAGGAAACAGAGCCACGAAAGGAGACUCUGCCGACACCGCCGCAGCCUGCCAGAGCCCAUAUACCCCUCGCCACGCAAGAAGAAGACUCUGCGACAGCUGCCUUCGAGGAGGAAUGCACCAUCUCGUCGUCACUGUCGUGGCAGGAGCAGAAGAAGAGCGCCUCUGCUCGUUGUGUGGACACCGUUGCUGACGAGGAGCUGCUGCUGCCGCCGCCGCUGCGCAGCCCGCUUUUCCGCACCCCGACAUCGUCAGCGUCACCGUCGCCCGGACAGCAGCAGCGUACACCUCCACCGCACCGCCAGGAGAAGACACAUGGGGCUCGUCUCGGCAUCAAUGCAUCCUUGUCACAGGGAAGAGAAGAACAGCACGGGCCACCACGACCUUCUCAGCACGGGCCGCGCAACAGCUCCUCUGAACUCUCAGCGCAGCCGCUUCCACUGGAGAAGAAGCUGCGCCAGUUUCUUUCAGUGCUCUCCGCUCCCUCUUCGCCCUUCGAGAAGGCAGUGAAGGGGGGCGGACACUCAUUGCCAACAAGCCCGGCUAUGCUCACGUGGCGAUCCACUCCGCACAGCAGCAGUGAUGUGAAGGCCGCAUCCAAUAAUGUCAUUCCGAGAGACGUAAUGGGCGCUGCUCUUCCCACCGCCGGCAGCAGGGCUGUGAUGGUAAUGGACCGCGAUGAGACAACCCCGGGCCGAACGCCGCUCUCGCUCUAUUCUCCAAGCGCAUUGCCGUCUCCGGGGUCCACAUCGACUGCUUCAAGGCCGUCGCCGACACUCCUGUCCGGCUCUCCGCACUCCGCCGAGGUGACGGCACGCCACGUGCAGGCGUCGCUUUGGCGUCACCGGGAGGCCUGGCAGCAGCAGGAGCUCAUUCUGCACUCGUUACGGAGCUCCCCUUCCCCGUGA